AAUAAUUCCAGUCACGGCGAUGGAGGAUUUUAAAAAGUAUAUAAACAAGUUGUGUCAUGUCCAUUUACGACGAGGUCUAGGAUAGCAACCCCGCCAACGCCAAUGGCCCUGAAAAUCAGAGCUCACUGGCUGCAACUGACUUUGUUUCCUUUGGUUUUUCCUACCCUCCAAUUAUCUUUGGUCGCCAAAAGUAUUGGCUUUUUUUUUUUUUAACUCUCAUGGGUUUGUCAAUAUUGGCUUGUUGAAACUUAUUUCUGUACUUGUUCAAAGUUCAGACCUUCUUAAUUGGUGGCUAACCUCUUUUGGGGAAUCCUAAAUCAAAGGGUCGUUUUCGAUUUUUAUGUUUGAAGGGAAAUUUUUUUUUGUCAACUUCCGUUGUUUUGUUGUUUCCCGAGGAAAAAAAAAAACACGAGAAUUUAGCCUUUUCUUCUAUUUCCCUGGAAAGUAAACAGAAACUGGGCUGAACAAGGCAAAUGCAAUGUCAUAUGAGUGAUUUACGAUCGAGUGUUUGAAACAAAGCUUAAAUGGAAACUGGAAAAAGGGUUGAUGGAGAAGAAAGGAACAAACGAUGUUGUACUCCAUAUUUCAAGCCCUGAGGAAUCACUUGUCUUCAAAACAGAAAAUGAUUCUAAAGGCUCUUACGAGUUGACACAGUUUGAGAAUCUCAGAGUCCGAGUCUCAACUACUCUUACUCCCAUACCAUCUCCUUCUCAUCCUAGUGAGAUUGCAAGGAUGAGUCCAGUUCCCAAUAAACCCCCCAAAAUUCCCAUUGAUAAGAAGCUUACUCCAAGAAAGUCCCUUGCAAGAUCAGCGUUUUCUAAGCCCAAAUCCAGAUUGGUUGAGCCAUCCUAUCUAAAUGAUGCUAAAUUGGUGGAAGAAAAUAGUGCCCAGAUUUUGAAUCCAAGCUCUUCACCUUAUAGGAGAUCCCCUGCAGCAACAGCAGCAGCUACUCCUAAAGAGAAUCUGAGAUCAGCUCCUAUUACUCCAAAAACUCCUUUGAUCUCACCAGGCCUAGAGGAGGAAGAUGAGGAGGAGGAGGUUUACAAGACUGCUGAUCUUAAAGUAAGUGCAAAAUCAGGUAAAAAAUGGAAAAUUUUUCUUUGGUUUGAGAUUAUGACAUUUGUUUGCACUAUGGGGCUUCUUGUUGCUAGUUUAACUGUGGACAAACUUGAAGAAACUAGGAUCUGGGGUCUGGAAUUGUGGAAAUGGUGUGUGUUGGUAUUGGUCAUUUUCUGUUGUAGAUUGUUUACUGAGUGGAUGAUGAAUAUUGUUGUUUUCUUGAUUGAAAAGAACUAUCUGCUUAAGAAGAAGGUUUUAUAUUUUGUUUUUGGAUUGAAGGGGAGUGUUAGGCUAUUUGUUUGGUUGGGUUUGGUCCUUCUCGCAUGGGGUUUGUUGUUUGACCGCGGAGUUAAAAGAUCAAAGAAAGCCAAUAGGGUUCUAAAUUAUAUUACUAGGGCCCUUGCAUCCUGUCUCAUCGGAUCAGCUAUAUGGCUGGCCAAAACCCUUUUUGUUAAGUUAUUGGCUUCUUCUUUCCAGUGUACUAGAUUCUUUGAUAGGAUUCAGGAAUCAAUUUUUCAUCAGUACGUUCUCCGAGCUCUAUCGGGGCCUCCGGUUAUGGAGAUGGCCGAAAAUGUUGGGAGUAGUAGGAGCAUUGGCCAGUUGAGUUUCAAGAAUUUGAUGAAGGAAAAAGGAGGGGAAAAGCAAGAGGUGAUUGAUGUGGACAGGCUUAAGAAAAUGAAGCAAGAGAAGGUAUCUGCUUGGACCAUGAAAGGAUUAAUCAAUGUGAUAAGUGGUUCAGGGCUGUCUACGAUUGCUAAUUACAUUGAAGAUGUUGAGGAUGAAGAGAAUGAGCAAAUGGAUAAGGAGAUAACCAGUGAGUGGGAAGCAAAGGCCGCUGCAUAUCGUGUAUUCAAGAACGUUGCAAAGCCUGGUAGCAAGUACAUCGAAGAGGACGAUCUAUUACGAUUCAUGAAAAGAGAAGUAGUGGACAAUGUGCUUCCAUUGUUUGAAGGAGCUUUAGAAACUGGAAAGAUCAAGAGAUCAACUUUCAAGAAUUGGGUGGUGAAUGUUUACUUAGAACGCAAGUCAUUGGCACAUUCCUUGAAUGACACCAAGACAGCAAUUGAAGAGCUUAACAAGCUCGUCUCAGUGGUGGUGAUUGUUGUAACAAUCAUUGUGUGGUUACUUCUAAUGGGAUUCUUAACAACCCAAAUACUCGUUUUCAUUUCAUCUCAGCUCUUACUUGUGGCAUUCAUGUUUGGUAACACUGCAAAGACCGUAUUUGAAGCCAUCAUAUUCGUAUUUGUGAUGCACCCUUUCGAUGUCGGUGAUCGCUGUGUAAUUGACGGAAUACAGAUGAUCGUUGAAGAGAUGAACAUUCUGACUACCGUGUUUCUGAGAUACGACAACGAGAAAAUAUUCUAUCCUAAUUCCGUUCUAGCAGCCAAACCGAUCAGUAACUUCUAUAGGAGUCCAGAGAUGAGUGAUUCCGUAGAGUUCACAGUUGAUGUUUCCACAUCAAUAGAGCAAAUUGGAGAGUUGAAAGCUAAAAUAAAAGAGUAUCUGGAGAGCAAGCCUCAGCAUUGGCGACCUGGACAUAGUGUACAAGUGAAGGACAUUGAAAAUGUGAAUAAGAUGAAAAUGGGUCUUUAUGUGACUCACACCAUAAACUUUCAGAACUAUGGAGAUAAGAGCAGCCGGAGAUCAGAACUGGUGUUGGAACUGAAGAGAAUUUUUGAAGCUCUAAAUAUUAAAUACCAUCUUCUGCCACAAGAAGUUCAGGUCACCUAUGUUGGCUCACUUGCAUCACCACUUCAACAACCUGCUCCAUGAUGGUCUCAUUUCUCUACAUUCCUCAAGUUAUUCUGUGCUCCAACUUUGUGUGAUUAUUGUAGGCACGCAUUUUUUGUUCGAGCCUAAUUAGAGACUCAUUUAAAGUUCUUAGAGACUCAUUUAAAUUUUUUUUUUCUCUCUUAGCCAUUCGAAGCCCACCCGAUUUAGAUCAAUUUGAAACCUUUAUUUUUUUUUUCUUUUCUUUUUAGGCUUGUCAAGGACCCAAAUUAUUAUUAUUGUUAUUAUUAUUAUUAUUAUUAUUAUUAUUA